AUAUAUAUAGUAACUUUUUCUGUUUGGGGAAAUUUGUCUAUGUUUAUUCUGAAUGUAACCUCAAUUUCGAAAAAAGAAAUAUAAAUUUCCAGAAUGGAUUCUUUGCCUUCCGGAUUAUCAAAUACUCAAAAAGAUGAGCUUAUGGAUCAAGUAAAACAGCAAAUCGCCGUGGCGAACGCCCAAGAGCUACUAACGAAAAUGACCGAAAAAUGCUUCAAAAAGUGCAUAAGUAAACCGGGCACCUCACUUGAUAACUCCGAGCAGAAAUGUAUUGCGAUGUGUAUGGACCGAUAUAUGGACUCGUGGAAUCUUGUAUCGCGAACAUACGGUGUUAGAAUACAAAAGGAACGGAACAGAAUGUCGUAGUAUCCAAUUGAAUUAGCGUAGUUAGUUAAUAAAAUCUGUUGGCGUUUUUAACUUAUAUUGCUCGCAGUUUUAUUGUUAAAAAAAACCAGUUAAGUACGUGAAUAAAUAAACAUUAAACAACA